GGCUAAACAGCCAAAGGAUGCUUCACUUCAGUGAAGCCCAGUUUAACCUCUCAAUGCCCAAAGAGUCGGAGAAAUACUGAACUCUGUGCCUGAUUCUUCAGAGAUAGAUCACUGGGGGUAAGAUCAGAUAAGAAGAAAAGCAAAGCGUCAGGGGGCUCGGAGAAGGAAAAAGACGUUGAAAGGGACGCAGAAAAAGAAGCACAGUUACACAGAGAGCAUGACACUCUGACCAAAACACUCGGCAAUCUCAAGAUGAGGGCAGAACAACUACAAAGAGAUAAUCAGGGUCUCCAGAAUGACGCCAACCAGAUACCCAUGGAGAGUCAAGAGCUCACAUCCUAUAUGUUGAAGCAAACACAGAAGCACCACAAUGAGAUUAAUCUGAGUGAUCAGAGUCAACAGAACCUGGAAGCACUCAAUAAACAGAGAGGGGAGAUGGUGGAGAAACACAAUGAGCAGGUCAAUGGCCUGAAGGAGGAGAUUUUGGAGAAGGAGAAUGAGUUGGCUCUGCAGAAUCUUGAAAUAGCUAAGCUUGGGGAUAAAAAGAGUCUGCAGCAACAGCAUUUGGAUCGUAUAACUGAGCUGGAGCAGGAGGUGAUAUCUGCACACUGUCAUCACUCUGAAUCUCUUAAUGCUAUAAAAGCUAACAACUUCAUUGAGAAGGAGCGCCACAAGGCUGCAUGUAAACACACAGUGUGGGAACUCACACUCAAAGCUAAAAAGGAAGCGUCAACCUCUCUGCUGUCUUACAUACAGAAGGUGCCUGAAGAGUACCAUCGUCUACAUGAGGAACUACAGCACCUUAUACAAAGAGCUCAAGCUUUGCGCAGCCACCAGCAGCUCCUGCAGAUGAAGCGCAGACAACUGCUGCUUGAGAAAGAGUAUGUGCAGGAGCUGCAGUGUCUGAGGACCUCCACAGCUCAAGUGGACUGCUUCCAACUGACAGAUCUUGGGAUACUGAAUAAUAAACCACACUUUGAUUAGUUUAUGUUAGUCUGAUGAAACAUAUUGUAUAUGUUGAUUAUUCUGUGAUUUUUAACCUAAUGGGGAAAGCAAAUGUAAACUUUUGUGGUUGCAUCUCAAAUGUCAAUGUAAUUACAGCAACUUUCAUUUAUUGACUGACUCUGCUUUAACUGCUUUAGUGUGUAAAUUGUGAUAUUUCUCAAAUUAUUUCAUAUUAAUAAGAAAGAUUUGAGUACUUCAGUGGUGUAAUCAUAAAUAGAACCCUGAAUACAUACAAACCAGUCAAUAUACCAUAUCCCAGCAUCUCUUCUCUAGAAUUUCUGAAAUCAAAAGCCCAACCUCUGAGUAGUUGUGUUAACAAGUAGGUAGGACACAGAGACAGGGCUGAUGUUAAUUAGGAAGGAUAAUCAUUUGGCCAGCUGCUUUUGAGAAAUGAUCAAAUCAUUUAAUUUAGCUCAACUUUCAGUCCAAGUUCAAGGAUCACACAUUUCAGAAUUAAGUGAGACACCCUACAUACCCCACAUGUGUAGCUCACCCUCUGAACAGAGCUUAAAUCUGGUAUUAAAUCCUCAUUCUGUAGAUAACUCAAAACAUGGUCAUCAGAUUUUUUGUCAGAAUGAAUCUUUCAUAAACCCUCAUUCAAAUGGUAAUCAAUAUGAUUUAUGUUUUAAUUAAUUAUUAUUUAACUUCAAUUUACCUGCAUACUCACAUCAUAGUCCACUUAUAGGAAAGAGUUACACUGAUUCCUCAGAAUGGAUUCUGGAUUGUUGCUCAGAUAAAUGAGUAUCAGUAUAACAUUUGUCGGGGUGUUUGUGGAUUGUGAAAAGGGUCUGGUCUCCUUUUAUAGAUCUCAUAUUUAUUCUUACACUGCAAAACUCUAUCCAUACAUCAGUCCUGGCUUAAUGAAGGAGGUAAAAACUCAGCACCACUGAUCAUCUCACCUGUAAUUGGGAGUGGAUAAAUGAACACAUCACAUAAAAAUGUAAAAUGAUGUUCCAAAAUAUUUUGUUCUGGUCUGAGUUAAGCGUUCAAAGUAAUGAUUGAUUCUUCUUCAUUUUUUAAAGAAGAUGCAUGUGCAGUACAUAUUGAAUAAUAGUAAACAAUCACAUUUCAAUAACAUAAAUCCGGAGUUCGUUAUUUAGCGCUUAAUAAGCAAUAUAUCCAUAUUUGUCUCAGAAAGUCAGAAUUUAAUUUUGUACUGGAUUUAUGCAUGUUUACAAUACUCUACAAUACAAAUAUAUGUAU